ACGUCCUGAUCCUCCUCUUAUAAAUACAAGGGCGGAGCUGGGUGCAGGUAAUCAGGGAGCAAAGAGCACAGGAUCCUCAGGCCAGCACUGUCUGCACACCAGGGAGAUGAAGGUCUCUGCAGCUGCUCUCUCCUUCCUCAUCCUUGCCUCUACCCUCAGAUACUCUGCCCAUGGAUCCCUGGCCCAUGAAUCCUGGGAUGAUGAACCAAAAAUGGUGAUGCAUCAGUUGGAUCCCAGAGGGCCCUCACCCAGCGUUCACCAUCCUCCUGACUGCUGCCCGUCCUAUACACCACGAAAAAUCCGAUGCAGAUUCAUGGGAAGUUACUUUGUAAUGACCAGUGGGUGCUCCCAGCCUGCUGUCAUCUUCAAAACCAAAAGGGGGCAGCGUAUCUGUGCCAACCCCAAUAAAGCGGAAGUUCAGGAUUGUGUAACGAAACUGAAGCAAGAUCUGGCUUUGGAGGAACGUGAGCAGGACUCAUUUGAGCUACUGAGCAAAUUGUUGACUGAUAAGAAGGGAUACUAGGUCCCAGCCACCCAUCUCCAUUCUCUCUUUCCUCACCUCCUGGAAGCUUCUUGGACUGAAUUAUUUUUUCAAAAGCAAGAAUUACUGUUCUAUUCUGGUUAUAAAAGCUGUGUAUUAAUAAAACGUAUUCAGCCCUA